GGGCAACUGAGGUAUCAAGUUCCGUUUGAGUCAGAGCAGUCAGUGAUUCAUAGGGAGAUAGUUAUUGUGGUACAAUGUAAGAAUGGCUGCUGCCGCCACAAUGCUCUCCAUACAGGGGGACUGGGACCAGGUCCUGAGGGAGGCUGAGGGGGAAGUCUGGGUAUCGUGCAGGAUUCCUGGAAAGCCCACGAUACGCGGCAGCCUGACGUCAAAGGGAAUAAGUUCUGAUGAGGUUCCGGAAGUGACCGCCUCCGAGGAGUUUGUUGUGCAGGAAGUCACCAAGAAUAGAAUCACUGUUUCCUGCCCCGAGGAGAAUAUUUCCAGCACAUUUCUGUCUCCUUAUGCAAGUUUCUCCCACAUCCAUGAAAAAAACGUCAGCUACUUGGACAUCUCCAGCGGAGGGGACCUGGGAGUCUCCAGCAGCACAGAUCAGACCUUUAAGGUGUGGGAGACCCAUAAUACAGAAGUAAAGAGCGUGCUGGAAGGUCACACAAGGGACGUCUUUUCCUGCAAGUUCUUCCCUUCGGGGCAGGAGGUGCUGAGCGGCGGGUUGGAUUCGCUGGUGAAGGUCUGGUCCGUGAAUGAUGGAAGCUGCUUAGCGACGAUGAAAGGACACAGAGGAAGUAUCCUGGACAUAGCUGUUGUGGCCGAUGGACAGAAUGUCAUUUCCUCGGGGCAGGACGGCACGGCUCGGUUAUGGGACUCUGCCCAAGGCGCCUGCAUAGCUGUGGUCGAUGACUCCUACUCUCCUAUCAACGCCAUCGCUGUGGCCGAGGUUGGAAACGCAGUCAAUCUGGGCUCUCCCAAGGAAAUUCCUAGUAGCAGGGAAGUAGGAACAGAAGGCAAGCUGGUGGUACUGGCCCGAGAGGAUAAGUCAUUGGAGGGAGUGAGCCUGCACAGCCGCCAAUCAGUGAAUGGCCUUUCCGUAAUUCGGAACUUUCUGGAUUUUGAAGAUUCUGAUGCUUUUAACUGCUGCACCUUUAUCUCCAGUGUGGGGGUCCUGGCUGGGGGCCUCGAUGGGAACAUAAUCCAUGUAGAUAUCAGGAACCCAAAAAGCGCAGUAGAAACCGUUUCCUGGUCAGAAACCCCCGUGUUGUCAUUGGUGCCCUUCAGAGACACCUACGUUGCCAGUUAUGGUAAUGGAACCUGCUAUAUCCCCUUGAAGGGUUCUGAACAAGUUCUGCAACUCACUGGGCCUAAUAGACAACCCGUGUUCCAGGUAAUAUAA